GGGGCUGUUCCCGUGGUGAUGGCUCAGCGGCCUGGAGCCAGAGACUAGCGGAAGCCGAAGCCUUCCUGGGUAGCUGCCGCGACCUCUUUCACCUUCUCCUGGGAGACCCAGGGAGUCAUUAUGCACACAGCUAGAAUGUUUCCAUCAGAUUCCUUCUGAUUUGCCCCGGAGCCGUGAAUUAAAAUGGUGUACACUGCCAAGAAAUGUGGAAUUAGAUUCCAGCCUCCAGCCAUUAUCUUGAUCUAUCAAGGGGAAGCCAAGGACAAAAAUCGCCAGCGUAUCAUGCCAGUUCGAAACUUUUCCAAGUUUUCAGACUGCAGCAGAGCUGCUGAACAGCUAAAGUAUAACCCAAGACACAAGGUCUACCUCGAGGGGGUGUCUCUGCAACAGUUGGAGAAGUUAUUCACUUUUUUAAAAGGUUUUCUAAGGGGGCAAACCUUGGACCAAACUGUGGAACAGAUUCAGCGGGAAACAACCAUCGAUCCUGAGGAAGACCUGAACAAACUAGAUGAUAAGGAACUUGCAAAAAGGAAGAGCAUCAUGGACGAACUCUUUAAGAAGAAUCAGAAAAAGAAGGAUGACCCAGAUUUUGUCUAUGACAUUGAAAUUGAGUACCCACAGGAUGAGCAGCUACAGGCUUGUAGUUGGGAUGCAGAGUCAGAUGAUGAGUUCUAAUACUAAACAAAGUCAAAAUUUAUUGAGAGACCAAGACAUCUGCAUUAACUCAGACAACAUUGCUUAGAUAUUGCAGAAUUUCAAAAGAACACUAAGUGUACAUAUUGGGCCAAAAUAGAAUUGACUGUGUUACGUUUCAAUCAACAAAUAUUUAUUGAGCACCUACUAUGUGCAAUGGUAUUUCUUCAUCAUUUAACCUGACAUGGAGCUUGUCAUUCGUCUAUCUAUGGGGUACUUUACAGGUGCAAACAAAUGUUCUGUGAUGAUGAGCAAGGGGCCUUGACCUGCUAGAAAAAGGCUAAUAUAGGUUGAGAUUCCCCAAUCCUGAACUCCUAAUGCUGCAUAAAAUAGGCAGAAUCUAACUGUGCUAAAUGAAUGACCAAAGCAGUCUGUCCAGUUCAUAAGUUUAGACCUUUGUAGAAAAGGUCUUUAUGUAACAGUUGAUCUUUACAUAGAAAUUACUCUCCUUUUUCCAAAAUAUUACUUAGGGAAGAAAAAAUUUUUUUAAACACCAGCCCAAAGCACUUCAUUAAAGAAAAUAAUAGUAAUAGUAAUUUAUUAAAGAAAUAGAAAAAUAAUCGCCAGAACUCCUACUUGUUCAUUCUUACAGGAGUUUUAUCAGCGACAUCAUGGAUAGGCAUUUUUAUUUUAAGAGGCUGAAACUUAGCCCUUAUAUAUAAAACAAACUGAGUCUUCAAGGAGUUGGGAGAUAUAGGUAGGGAAACAAAACUAAGAACUGUGAAAUAAAAAAAUCAUUUGAGAGCUAACUAAUAAACUGAUUCCCCAGAAGCAUAGCUUCAAGAGAGUGUAACCAGCCCAGGUCUCAGCAGAUCUAAGCAGCUAGAGGAGAAAACACACAGGUUCUCCCUCUCCGUCAUCCCUCUUCUUUAAAAAGCCCUGUGCCCCGGCCGGGUACACGCUUUAGGCUGGUUUUCACCGUGCUGAACACCACUUGUUCCUGUCUUGGGAGGCAGCAUUGUAAAGUGGGAAGGAUAUGGGGUCCGAGUUCAGAGCACCUGCAAAGAGGAGUAGCUCCGGCUCUAGUGCUGCAAGAAGGAAGGAAACAAGCAUUUAUUAAGCAUCAAUGAAACAUUUCUUAAAAUGCACAAGGAGAAGCUAGGUGGCACAGUGAGUAGAGCACCGGCCUUGGAGUCAGGAGGACCUGAGUUCAAAUCUGGCCUCAGACACUUGACACACUUACUAACUGUAUGAUCUUGGGCAAGUCAAUUAACCCUCAUUGCCCUGCCUUCCCCCCUCCAAAAAAUAAAAAUAAAAAAUAAUGCACAGGAGAAAAAGGAGUACGUACACCAAUAGAGCAAUUUUGUUUCUACUUAGUUAAAUUUAAUGGCUAUUUUUAGAAGUUGUAUGAAAAAGUGAAGUUUCUUAUACCAAAAAAUGAACAUGUACAGAGAAAAGUAAAAAAACAUAAAAUUUGAAAAUGAUAAAUUGGCAGGUAAAUGAAGUGAUUAAGAAUACUUUAUGCAAAUAAACAUUAAAUAUGUACUGUG